AUGGUGAAUGACGACAAGACAGUGCCCAGCUAUUUCCUGUGCCCCAUCUCCCUUGAAGUCAUGACUUCCCCCGUCAGCCUCUGCACCGGCGUCACCUACGAGCGCUCCAACAUCCAGCGCUGGCUCGACGCCGGCAACAACACCUGCCCCGCCACCAUGCAGCUCCUCCACUCCAAGGACCUCGUCCCCAACCACACCCUUCACCACCUCAUCCAAAUCUGGUCCCCUCCGCCACACACUCACGUCCUCCCUCACUCCCAUUUGCUUCAUCAUAUCCCCAACCUCACUUCCCAACCGGAAGAAGACAACGGGAGACUUCUGCCCCCGCUCCUCUCCCUUGUCCCUAAAAUCAAGGACUUAAGCCAUAUGGAGAAAAUCAUUCGCUUAUGUAACGCCCUUCUCCAGAAUCUCACCAAAGUCGACGACUAUAAUGCAAUUCAGUGUAGGGUUCAGACAAGGGAUCCUCAGUUCACGGCGUCCAUCGCGAUUGCCCUCAAGGAAAAGGGGCGCCCCGACCUCAGAACGGCGGGGGCCAAGCUUGUGGAUCUAAUGGCCGAGCGUUCCUGUCUGGAAAUGCAAUCAAUUUCGGAAGAGGACGAUAUUUACUUGGCCCUCCUCACUCUGAUAGCCGACCCCGUGGCUGUCGACGCCUCACUCAGCCUCCUCACGCGCCUGGCGCAGGCGAGGAAAAAUCUUUCCAGGAUGGUGCGAGCCGGGGGCGUGAGGGCGCUGGCGACGGCACUCGAGGCGGAUAUGAGCGCGCCGGCGACAGAGAAGGUGCUGAGGCUCCUGGAAAUGGCGUCGGCCUGCGGGGAAGGGAGAAGCGAGAUCUGCAGGGACGAGAUCUGCGCGCAGGCGAUUGUGAAGAAGCUUAUGAAGCUGUCGCCAGCGGCCACAGAACACGCGGUGAUGGUGCUGUGGAAAGUUUGCUGCCUGUUUGGUGACAGGAGAGCGACGGCGGCGGCGGCUGCAGAGGAAGGGAACGGGGAGGCGAAGGUGCUGUUGCUGCUGCAGAGAGAAUGCUCGCCCGCGGUCAGACGGAUGUGUGGCGACCUGCUGAGGGUUUUCCGGUCCCUCGGCAAGGGCUCCGGCGUGUGUUGGUACAAUACGAAAGCUACUCAUAUUAUGCCCUUCUGA